AUGUCUAACAUAGAAGAAAAGGAUAUUAUACCACAAGAUGAAUUAGAUGAACCAUGGCUGUUAAACUAUAAUAUUCCUGAAGGGUGGUUUGAUUUUCCGUUUCCAUCAUCAUCAUGGAAUUUCAAUAUAACAAAUGAGUUCCCAUUUAUUCAUAACCCACCACCAAAGGGUAUAUUGCAAGGGGUCACUGGUUUGUACAAUUAUAAGGUCCCAACAAAUCUACAAUUUGUCCAAUGUAAUAAAGUAAAUGGGUUAUCUUUAUGGGACCAAAACGGCUGGUGGCAGUGUUUAUUCCCACAAGAAAUCAUUAAGAAAAGAUUAAAUAAAAUAUACAAUGAUAUGGAAAGAGUCGACUUGAAUAGAUUUGUUUCAAAGGAAUCUGUAGCUAAUGAUCCUAUUACAUUAAGUAAAUAUUUUAAUGACUAUACUAAAUAUUUACUAUGGAAGUCUGAACAAGAUAAGUCUUUGUCUUCUUCCUCUUUAUUAUUGGAUUCCGAUAAAAAAAGAGAAGUCAAGCAAUCUUGGUUUCCUGUUGACAGAAUAACAACACCAGAAGAUAUUAUGCAGACGGACUGGAUAGAUGGUGAUUCUAAUGAAAAAUGUCAGAAAAAGGUUAUAGGGAGAUCCCAGUAUAUGACAUACAGUAGUAAUAAUAAUAUGUUUGGUAAUAGUGAUGCCAGUGACAAUUCAACUAAAGAGGUUACUACUACAAAGACUUUUUACGAUGAUGGAUCUUGUUUAAUCAAAGAAAGAGAAAAGAUCAUUCCAAAUGAUGGAAGAGAACCAAUUAUUAAAGAAAGAGAAAAAGUCGUCAGGGAAAAACCUUCAUCUUCGUCAUCCUCCUGGUUUUAA